UUUCUCCUUCCCUACGCCGCUUACUGGAGAGCUCCCCCACGCCCUAGCGAGAAGCAGAGGCGCAGCGAAGAAAUGGCUCCGAAAAGAGGAGGAAAAGUGGCUGCAGCACCCAAGAAGAAAGUGGAGAAGGCCGUCAAUCCUCUGUUUGAAAAGAGACCUAAACAGUUUGGUAUUGGAGGGGCUCUGCCUCCAAAGAAGGACUUGCACAGAUUUGUUAAAUGGCCUAAACAAAUCCGCAUCCAACGGCAGAAAAGGAUUCUUAAGCAAAGGUUGAAGGUUCCACCGGCAUUAAACCAAUUCACUAAGACUCUGGACAAAAAUCUCGCCACAAGCCUGUUCAAGUUGCUUCUCAAGUACAGGCCUGAGGACAAGGCAGCUAAGAAGGAAAGGCUUCUGAAGAGGGCCCAGGCUGAGGCUGAAGGGAAGACUGUUGAGGCUAAGAAACCGAUUGUUGUGAAAUAUGGACUGAAUCAUGUGACUUACCUAAUUGAGCAGAACAAGGCCCAGCUGGUGGUUAUUGCUCAUGAUGUGGAUCCCAUUGAGUUGGUUGUAUGGUUGCCUGCUCUUUGUAGGAAAAUGGAAAUUCCUUACUGCAUUGUGAAGGGAAAAGCACGUUUGGGAGCGAUUGUCCACAAGAAGACUGCAUCCGUUUUGUGUUUGACAACAGUCAAGAAUGAGGAUAAGCUGGAAUUCAGUAAAAUCUUAGAGGCCAUCAAGGCAAACUUCAAUGACAAGUACGAUGAGUAUAGAAAGAAGUGGGGUGGUGGAAUUAUGGGUUCCAAAUCACAGGCCAAGACAAAGGCCAGAGAAAGACUUCUUGCUAAGGAGGCUGCACAGAGGAUGUCUUAGAAGCAUCAAAUAUCAAAGGCCCUGCCAUCUUUUGGUUUUGUUUUCUUGUUUGAUUUAGACAGUGAAAGUCACUUAGUCACUUGAAUCAAUAUUUUACUUGCUUUCUGUUUUAGCAGAGCUGCGUAGUAUGGGGUUUUAAAAUUAUAUUCCGAAAACAGAUAUUAAUAUGACUAUCCGCAUAGAGCUUUUACGGAAGAACUUCAUCGCAUUGUUGUUUAAGGUAUAUGUUAUUUUGCUUC